AUGGGGAGAUUAAAUGAAGUGACAUGGGUAACCGAUAAAUGUAAACGUAAUACUGAUGAUGAUGAUGAUGAUGAUGAUGAUGAUGAUGAUGAUGAUGAUGAUGAUGAUGAUGAUGAUGAUGAUGAUGAUGAUGAUGAUGAUGAUGAUGAUGAUGAUGAUGAUGAUGAUGAUGAUGAUGAUGAUGAUGAUGAUGAUGAUGAUGAUGAUGAUGAUGAUGAUGAUGAUGAUGAUGAUGAUGAUGAUGAUGAUGAUGAUGAUGAAGAUGAAUUUGUUUUCAUCGAAGUUGACGAUAAUGUUCCCACUGAUGAUCAAAGCCGGAAUUCAUGA